AUGCGCAUUAAUGGCUCCUCCAUCCCUCGGCUGACCUCUUUCCGCUCCUACUCGACGACUGGGAUCGAUGUUUCCCGCUCGUAUCGCCAUGCGCACAGCACGACCAGCUCCUGUGUCGCCCGCCCAUCGCUGCGCGUCGCGACGCCUAUCCCGACAUCCUACGUAACAUUCAGGAGAGGCGCGAAGACAAAAUCGACUGUGAAGCUGAAGGACCUACCGCAAGGCGUGCUUAAAUUGGAGCCGUUUGUCGAUACCGUGGACGAUGCACCGCGCUACCCUACAGUCGUGCAAGGGCACCGAAACAACAUGCAGAAAUUCAAGAACUGUGUGAUCUUGACAAGAGUAGGAGGCUUUUAUGAGCUUUACUUUGAGCAAGCCGAAGAGUUCGCCCCUUUGCUAAACUUGAAGCUUGCUUCGAAGAAGACCAGUGCUGGUCCCGUGCCCAUGGCAGGGUUCCCCUUUUUCCAAUUAGAUCGCUUCUUAAAGACACUCGUGCAGGACCUCAACAAAUACGUAGCAAUUAGCGAGGAGUUUGCCAAUGAGACGGACGACAGGACGCGCUCGGGAGGCCUUCUGUUUGAUCGGAAAGUGGCCAGAAUCAUAACCCCUGGUACACUAAUUGACGAGAAGUUCAUGGACCCUUCGGAGAACAACUUCUUGCUGGCUAUAUACAUCGACAUCCCGGCGCUGCGAACGCAGUUAGAGCAUCACCCUGAUGGAGGCUCAUACCAACAUGUGCUGUCGUCUGCAUCACAGCAUGUAGGCCUGUCCUGGCUAGAUCUCUCGACAGGCGACUUCUUUACACAGUACACCACAGCGCAGUCGCUCCCGUCGGCCAUUGCGAGAAUCGGUGCGCGUGAGAUACUGGUUGACCAAGGCCUUAAGGAUCUGAUUGGACAGGAGUUGCAAUUGCUGAUCGGGCACGACCAGCGUCUGAUGACGCUUUUUCAGUUCCGGGAUGGAAUUUUGCCAAUGGCCCAGUGGGAUUCUAUGUUGGAAGCGCCCAUUGACGCGAAGGCAAUGGAAUCGUUCACCCGAGAGGAAGUGGCUGCCGGUUCAAGCCUCUUGGAGUAUAUCAGAGUGCAGCUUCAAGGGCUAAACAUGAAACUUCAGCCCCCACGCCGUCGCCACUUGAAUGAAUCAAUGAAUAUUGAUCGUAAUAGUCUACGCAGCUUAGAAAUUCUCGAAUCGGCUCGCGAUGGGUUUGGGAAAGGCAGUCUGCUCCAUGCAGUACGCCGUACGUCAACUAAAAGCGGAGCACGUCUCUUGAGAGAUCGCUUGACAUCGCCGUCCACUUCUUUACAGGUAAUCAAUGAGCGACUGGACCUUGUUUCACGCUUAAUCUCUGCCAAUGAGCUGCGUGAUAGCGUAAUGCAGUUACUGAAACGCAGUUACGAUUCUCAACGCUUAGUUCAGAAGUUUACCCUGGGACGAGGGGAUCCCGAUGAUCUGAUAUGUUUGUCUCGGGCUAUUGAGGCAUCGAAAGAGAUCAGGAGCGCCAUGUCUACUUCUAUUCAUAACGACCGCAGUUCCCAAUCCGCCCUCAGCCUCGUGACGAUGGUAAAUCGACUGCACCUGGAUGGACCGUCGGCGCUGGCAGACAGGAUUCUGGCAGCCAUCGACGAAGAAAGUCUUCAGCAGAAGCAGCGAAUCGACGACGACACGGCUGCGGAGGCGGCCUCGCUCGCACAAGAGGUGGCUCUAAACGAGGGCGUGCCGUCGGAUCUAGAAGCGCUGCCGAAGAAAGUGAGAUCCAAAACUGGCGAUCGGUCAAAUGCCGCGACCGACGAGUCAUCUGACGUUGAAUCCUGGAUCAUGAGGCGCGAUGCAAGCCCAGCACUUAGCAAGCUCCAUCAGUCACUGGCGGAAUUGCAGGAUGAGAAAACUACUUUGACCCAGUCACUCCGUGAGGCGGUCGGGUCGUCCGCUUUGUCCCUCAAAUGGACGCCUGGUCUUGGGCAUAUCUGCCAUGUCAAGGGCGCUAAGAUUUCACAGGAGGCAUUGGAGGAACUGGGAGUCACGCGAAAUAUCUCAUCAACCAAGUCUACCCGAUCCUUCUACUUCCCUGCCUGGGCAGAACUCGGCGGACGAACCGAUCAGGUUAAAGUCCAAAUCCGACAAGAGGAGCAAGCAAUCUUCGAGAGUCUACGCCGAGAGGUGAUAUUGAACCUUGUGAAGAUCCGACGCAACGCCGCAGUAAUGGACGAGCUGGACGUUGCGUGCUCCUUCGCGACUUUGGCAGAAGAGCAGCAUCUCGUCCGGCCCAUUCUCACAGAUAGCACCAACCACAAGAUUGUGGGUGGACGACAUCCGACGGUUAAGCUCGGCCUUGAGGAGCAGGGGCGUCGCUUCGUCAGCAACGACUGCUUUUUAGGCAGGAUGGAACGCAUCUGGCUCAUAACGGGGCCGAACAUGGCCGGCAAAAGCACAUUCCUCCGGCAGAACGCAUUGAUCACCAUUCUCGCACAGGUUGGGUCGUUCGUGCCCGCCGAGUAUGCAGAGAUCGGGAUCGUCGACCAAAUCUUCAGCCGGAUCGGGGCCGCCGACGACCUCUUCCGGGACCAGUCGACGUUCAUGGUCGAGAUGCUCGAGACGGCCACUAUCCUGAAGCAGGCCACGCCUCGCUCCUUCGUGAUCAUGGACGAGGUCGGGCGCGGGACGACGCCGGAGGACGGAACGGCGGUGAGCUUCGCGUGCCUGCAUCACCUGCAUUACCGCAACCAAUGCCGCACACUGUUCGCGACCCAUUUCCACACCCUUGCAGACCUGACGCAAGACUUCGGGGCGCUGGGCCGAUACUGCACGGACGUUAAGGAAACGCCCUCGGGGUCAUUCUCAUUCGUCCACCGACUCCGCAAGGGGGUCAAUCGCGAGUCCCACGCCUUGAAGGUGGCCCAGCUGGCAGGUCUACCCUCGGAGACCAUCGAUAUGGCCCGGGCCGUCCGACAAAGCAUACAGGGAAGCUGUUGA